UGGAGCUGUGUGGGCAUGGUGGGUUCGAGUUCGCUUGGUUCGUUCGUGCUUCAAACACAAGCCGUGUUGAGUUUGGCGAGGGAGGGGAAUGUGAACGGGCGGGCGGUCGCUGUGAAUGCUACAGUGCGGCGGUAUACCACGUGUCGUAGUGCAACUGCCCCUCGCUGUGUUGAGGCGGUGGGGACGGGCCAUGAGGGAAGUGGACGCUUGCCAACCCCUCCUCCUCAGCCGCAGCAGCAGCAGCAGCCUCGCUCGCCGCACCAGCAGCAUCAACAACAACAGCUGCAGCCGGCGGGGAUGAGGGUGUCGCCUGCACCGCCGCUGUCUGCAGGAGCCAACCCGCCUCACCCCCCUCAUUCUCCGCACAUGUCUCCUGCCGUAGAUGUCCGUGGUCGCCUCCUGCACCAUCCCCAACAGCUCGCUUUCCUCCACCACCACCACUCCAGCUCCGCCCCCACCUCCAACUCCACCUCCGGACCGUCUGCACCACCACAACCACCACAACUACUCGAUGUUGCUUCUCAUAUCCCAACUUCCUCAGGUGGACCGGGGAGCGUUGUGAUGCCCCCCCACCCUGGCAGUGGACAGAGUGAUAGUCGCAACAGCAACAUGCAUGCACCUGGGUAUCCCCCUGGUGGGCCCCCACACAUGGCAACAGGCCCUCCCUCUGGGCCGCAUGGCUAUCCCACAAAGCUAGGCCACAUGCCACCCAGUGGGCCCCCUGGACCCCCAUAUGGGCAGCCAGGCUACCAAGCAGGCCACCAAUACCCCCCAGUAAGACCCCAGGGGCCCAUGAUGCAGCCAUACCCACAAAACUUUCCCCCUGGCGCUCCACAGGGUCCUCAGGGCCCUCAGGGUCCCCCUUCUUCCAUGCCGCCAGGCCAUCAGUAUCCCCCACGGCCCCCGCCCAACAACCAUGUUCCCCCCAGCCAGCCAUACGGGUAUCCUCCUUUCGGGACGCAGGGUUGGGGAGGACAGACCAUGAACCAGGGCCCACCGGGACCAGGUGGUAUGCCCAGCUCCAUGAUGCCUGGGGGACCUGGCAUGCCAGGAAAAGGUGGACCCGUUCAGAUGCCAGGUCAGUCAAAUCAACCUGGAGCCAGUAGUAGUGGUGGAGGUCCUCGACCCCACACUCCCCCACACACCCACUACCUGAAGCAGCACAUUCAGCACAAGAUCAGUGGGUAUGGCGCAACCCAGAUGUACCCCAAUGGCCCCGGGAUGCCCGGGAUGCCUAACAGCCCCCAGAACAACAUGCCACCUCCCACGUCCACCCCACAGCCAAUCACCCCCACCAGCACCCCACUGGAGUCUGGGGACCACUCGGGGAGUAACACUUCUGUGAACAACACCAACCCACCUUCUAUAGGCCCAGAUGGGAACCCAGUUGUGGAUGAGGCUUCACAACAAUCCACUGUUUCUAAUACCUCUGCUGCUUCAGGAGAGGACCGUUCAGGCACACCAAAACCCCACAAGGACGGCCCAAUUGGAGGACCAGGAGGCAUCCCGGGUGGAAUGACGGGUGGGCAGCACCCGCCCUCCCAUCCACCAACACCCAUCAACUCUGCCCCCUCACCUGGUGCUGCCUCCAUGACCUCACAGCAGGACGAAUUUGAAAAUCUGAAUUCUCCUGGCUGGCCAAGGAGCCCCAGCACUCAGACGGUGUAUGCUAACAGUCAACCACCCCCACCCCCAGACAUCUACAGACCAUCCAAGCCAGGAGAAAACAUCGCAAGACUGUAUGAGAUGUCGGACUCGCCUGAGCGUCGUGCCUGGCUCGACAAGCUGCUCUCUUUCAUGGACGAAAACAAGACGCCAAUCACUGCGUGUCCGACCAUCAGCAAGAAUCCACUUGAUCUCUAUGCCCUGUAUCUGCACGUGCGGGAACGAGGCGGCUUUGUGGAGGUUACCAAGAACAAGCAGUGGAAGGAUGUGGCUGCCGUCAUGGGCAUCGGGGCUUCGUCCAGUGGCUCGUACACUCUCCGCAAGCACUACAUGAAGCACAUCCUGGCCUAUGAGUGCAAGUUUGACCGGGGAGGCAUUGACCCCCUCCCCAUCAUCAAUCAGAUUGAAUCGGCAGCCAAGAAGAAGACAACGAAGACGAUAUCGGUGCCCUCUCCUGGUUCUUCAAACUCUCAAGAUUCCUUCCCGCCAGCUGGCUCCAACAGCAGUUCCAUGGACGGGUUUUCCAAUGGUCCACACGUACCUGGUGGUCCAGGAGUGCCUGGGCCUUAUCCCCAGUAUCCUCCGGCAUCUGAGUAUGGCACUCAUAUGCAGCAGCGUCCUCCUUCGCAGUCGACUCCUGGUUAUCAGGGUUACCAAGGGGGACAAUACCACAGCUACCAGGGGAUGCAAGGGAACUACAGCCAGGGGGGAUACCAUAACUCUGGCUACCCUCCAGAUGGCCGGGGCUACCAGCCUCCGGGGCCCCCCAACCAUCAAGGCAACUACCAGGGGGGCUACCAGCAGCCGGGGAGCUACCAGAGGCCGGGCUAUGCGCCUGGGCAGCCGGGUUACCAGCAAGACCAGUUUCCGAUGGGAAGUAGCGGCACAAACUACGGAAACUCCCAAUUGGCCAAACAACUGCUGAACCCUCCGCGCAGCACGGGCCCUGUGUUUCAAGUACGUUUUUUUUUUUUUUUUCUUUCCCCUUUG